AUGUUUAAUUUGUACCAGCACAUGAAAUCUGGUGAGACUAAGGAACAAAAGGAGCCUGAGACGACGGGGCAUGACAGAUUCUACCAGGAAAGAUCACGGUCCAGCUACAGGAAGAAGAAACGUCGAGGUGCCUGCAGAAGGGCACAGUCUGCAGCGGAAUUGAACCCUGAGUCUGUAGCAGCGGCGAAAAAGCGGGAUGCCUUCCGCAUGCGAUCGGUGUCCACGGAUAAAGAAGAAAGUGAAGAGGAAAAUUCCGAGAAAACUCCUCUUGUGGCGCAAAAGAUUGACUCCAUAGCCAAGUUGCUGUUCAACAAGUCCUUCAUGGGGUCAGGCUCGGGCAAGUCUUCUCCAUCGGAACCUACAGCUUCCCCUCGGCUCGCAGAAAGAUCAAUGGAGAGUGCAGUCGCUUUGGCAAUAUGCAAUGAAUACCUGUUGCAUACACCCAGGUAUAACAUGCUAUCUGCACUGGGCCCAAUCGGCUUUCGCGCGAGCAAACAUUGGUUCGCAAUCCACGAUAAUUCUAUUAAAACUGACCGCCUUCUCAUCUUGAUGCCGCUUUCUAGUAAGUGCCCUAUAGAGCCAAACGAACGGUCUCGGGGUCUCAUCAUGGAGCUGUUCCGAGCCCUACAUCAUCCUUACAUCUAUCCUGUCCUGGACGUAGAGUUGUGCAACGGACAUGCUUUGACCGUCUUGCCUUAUAACUCACAGGGCAGUCUGAAGGACCUACUUUAUAAGAGCACAUGGAGUGAAGAGUACAGUCGUAAGUACGGAUCGAGGGGCACUGGGUUGCCGCCCACACAAGUCGCUAGAUUUGGAAGGCAGAUGCUGGAAGGUCUUCUCUUCCUGAAAGAGAAAGGUUUUCCGCCCUUCCGUCACUUGCAUACAGGGAAUGUGGUGGUGCAAAAUGGAGUUGCACGUAUCUGUGGGCUGGAGAACACUCUGAUCGGCGCGCUCCCGAAGCCGCCCAACCGCUCGCUGCCGCCCGAGCGCGCGGAGACGCUCUCGCUGGGACACGUGCUGUUCGAGAUGUGCGCCGGCGCCGAGACCGACCUCACGCUGCUGCCGGACCUCAUGCCUAACUACGCGCCGGUGGUAGAAAUAAUUGAGAUCAUAUUCGGCCCCCGACCACCGAGCGUUCACGAACUAGUUCUAUGCGAGCUGUUCCGUAAAAUAGACCUGCGGGAGAUGAAAGGGUCCUGCUUACCUAAUUUCAGCCAGCGUCUCUCCCACUCAUGCCUGUCCCUGCUGAGCGAGGUGGCGCGGCGCCAGGCCGGCGGCCGCGCGCCCGCCUCGCCCAGCACGCCCGCCACACCGCCCUCCAGGAGACGAUACAUGCUGUUGGAGCAAGAAUACACUGAAGAAUGGCAAUGGCAA